GGCUAUAAUUAGCAUUUUCCAGGACGGGAAAACAGAGGCAAAAAGGGCCCACUUCAAAUUCACAACUGUGUCUGCGCCUCUUUGCAGCCAUGGCCAAGACCCUGAUGUCUCAUCCGCACGUUUUCUCGUCAACAUCUAGGAGCUUUUGUGAGUACCUUCUUCCAUCAAAGAGACUGUUUCUUUGCAAAACUAGAAUCUAUGUAAACGAAAGCUUCUUGUUGUCUCGCAACUAUAGCAGCAGAAACAAGCUUCAAAUCCAUAGAAAUAGUGAUGUAGCAUCCAACUCCUCGAGGUUUGGUUUUGCGGGUUACCGUGGGUUCACCACUAAAGCCACCCACGUCAAUGAUGCUGGCUCUAUUGACUCUCCUCUCAUGCAAUCUAUGGAGAAAAAGAUCAAGGAAUCUCUAGAUGCAGAAUUGGUCUCUGUAAAAGAUGCAUAUGGGGAUGGUCGCCAUGUUAGCAUUGAUGUUGUCUCAUCCGCAUUUGAAGGAAAAUCGGCUGUGAACAGGCAGAGAAUGGUGUACAAAGCUAUAUGGGAGGAGCUUCAAAGCACAGUUCAUGCAGUUGACCAGAUGACUACUAGAACUCCAGCUGAAGCAGAAACCCAGAAAUGAUUAUGAACUUCUAUAUGUCAGUAAAAGGGAUGACAAACUUUAUCUUGUCCUUUGUCCCAUAUCUUACCUAUGAACCACUGCUGCAGCUUUGAUUUUUCAUUAUCAAAUCAUAUGGUUGCCGUUUUUAUUA